GUGAUUUCCUGAGCAUGCCUAGGGAAUGACAGGCAUCUCCACAGGCAGGCUGCAUCCACCUUGGCCGGGGUGUCGUCAUUGGCUGCCUAUUAGAAAAACGACAGGACAAUGCAUACCACCGCCUGCCGACUAUAAACAUAGGGAAUAUGUGUUCACUUAGCAUGGACUUCUGGGAGGGGCCAAGGAAGGGCGGUCUGGAGUUUUAUUGAAUAGAGCAGUGUGUAUUCGGCUGCCUGCCUGCUUGCUCUCUGACUGUGCUCCUGCUUAAAGAAAUCAGUCCUUCCUUUCUGACUUAGUCCUUGGGAAGAAGUUUCAGCCUACAAGGUAUCAUUGGAACAUUUCAAGAUCAUCAAAUCAAAUUCCAUAGGGACUGGUCAUCAACCAGAAGCCUCAGACAUCUGAUUGCUGACCUGUCCAGAAAUCUGGGCUCCCUGAACCGGAAAUAACACCAUGGAUGAUUUUGAACGUCGCAGAGAACUUAGAAGGCAAAAGAGGGAGGAGAUGCGACUCGAAGCAGAAAGAAUCGCCUACCAGAGGAACGACGAUGAUGAAGAGGAGGCCGCCCGGGAACGGCGCCGUCGAGCCCGACAGGAACGGCUGCGGCAGAAGCAGGAGGAAGAAUCCUUGGGACAGGUGACCGACCAGGUGGAGGUGAAUGCCCAGAACAGUGUGCCCAACGAGGAGGCCAAGACAGCGACCACAAACACUCAAGUGGAAGGGGAUGAUGAGGCCGCAUUCCUGGAGCGCCUGGCUCGGCGAGAGGAAAGACGCCAAAAACGCCUUCAGGAGGCUCUGGAGCGGCAGAAGGAGUUUGACCCAACAAUAACAGAUGCAAGUCUGUCACUCCCAAGCAGAAGAAUGCAAAAUGACACAGCAGAAAAUGAAACUGCAGAGAAGGAAGAAAAAAGUGAAAGUCGCCAAGAAAGAUACGAGAUAGAGGAAACAGAAACAAUCACGAAGUCCUACCAGAAGAAUGAUUGGAGGAAUGCUGAUGAAAACAAGAAAGACGCCAAGGAAAAGGAGGAGGAGGAGGAAGAGAAAUCAAAGCGAGGGAGCAUUGGAGAAAAUCAGGUAGAGGGGAUGGUAGAAGAGAAAACAACCGCCAGCCAGGAGGAAACGGUGGGAAUGUCAUUAAAAAAUGGGCAGAUCAGUUCAGAAGAGCCUCAGCCAGAGGAGGAGAGGGAACAAGGUUCAGAUGAGAUUCCCCAUCAUGAAAAGAUGGAAGAGGAAGACAAGGAAAGAGCUGAGGCAGAGAGGGUAAGGUUGGAAGCAGAAGAAAGAGAAAGAAUUAAAGCUGAACAAGACAAAAAGAUUGCAGAUGAACGAGCAAGAAUUGAAGCAGAAGAAAAAGCAGCUGCCCAAGAAAGAGAAAGGAGAGAAGAGGAGAGGGAAAGGAUGAGGGAGGAAGAGAAAAGGGCAGCAGAGGAGAGGGAAAGGAUGAGGGAGGAAGAGAAAAGGGCAGCAGAGGAGAGGCAGAGGGUGAAGGAGGAAGAGAAGAGGGCAGCAGAGGAGAGGCAGAGGGUGAAGGAGGAAGAGAAAAGGGCAGCAGAGGAGAGGCAGAGGGUGAAGGAGGAAGAGAAAAGGGCAGCAGAGGAGAGGCAGAGGGCCAAGGCAGAGGAGGAAGAGAAAGCUAAGACAGAAGAGCAGAAAUGUAACAAGCAGCUAGAAGAGAAAAAAAAUGCCACACAAGAGACAAAGAUAAAAGGGGAAAAGGUAAAAGUGAAAAUAGAAGGGAAAUGGGUAAAUGAAAAGAAAGUGCAAGAAGAUAAACUUCAGACAGCUGUCCCAAAGAAACAGGGAGAAGAAAAGGGAGCUAAAAGAGAAAAGCUUCAAGAAGACAAGCCUACCUUCAAAAAAGAAGAGAUCAAAGAUGAAAAGAUUAAAAAGGACAAAGAACCCAAAGAAGAAGUUAAGAGCUUCAUGGAUCGGAAGAAAGGAUUUACAGAAGUCAAGUCACAGAAUGGAGAAUUCAUGACCCACAAACUUAAACAUACAGAGAAUACUUUCAGCCGCCCUGGAGGGAAGGCCAGCGUGGACACCAAGGAGGCUGAAGGCGCCCCCCAGGUCGAAGCCGGCAAGCGGCUGGAGGAGCUUCGUCGUCGUCGCGGGGAGACUGAGAGCGAAGAGUUUGAGAAGCUCAAACAGAAGCAGCAGGAGGCGGCUUUGGAGCUGGAGGAGCUCAAGAAAAAGAGGGAGGAGAGAAGGAAGGUUCUGGAGGAGGAAGAACAGAGGAGGAAGCAGGAGGAGGCCGAUCGAAAACUCAGAGAGGAGGAAGAGAAGAGAAGGCUAAAGGAAGAGAUUGAAAGGCGAAGAGCAGAAGCUGCUGAGAAACGCCAGAAGAUGCCAGAAGAUGGCUUGUCAGAUGACAAGAAACCAUUCAAGUGUUUCACUCCUAAAGGUUCAUCUCUCAAGAUAGAAGAGCGAGCAGAAUUUUUGAAUAAGUCUGUGCAGAAAAGCAGUGGUGUCAAAUCAACUCAUCAAGCAGCAGUAGUCUCCAAGAUUGACAGCAGACUGGAGCAGUAUACCAGUGCAAUUGAGGGAACAAAAAGUGCAAAACCUACAAAGCCGGCAGCCUCGGAUCUUCCUGUUCCUGCUGAAGGGGUACGCAACAUCAAGAGCAUGUGGGAGAAAGGGAAUGUGUUUUCAUCCCCCACGGCAGCAGGCACCCCAAAUAAGGAAACUGCUGGCUUGAAGGUAGGGGUUUCCAGCCGCAUCAAUGAAUGGCUAACUAAAACCCCAGAUGGAAACAAGUCACCUGCUCCCAAACCUUCUGACUUGAGACCAGGAGAUGUAUCCGGCAAGCGGAACCUCUGGGAAAAGCAAUCUGUGGACAAGGUCACUUCCCCCACUAAGGUUUGAAACAGUUCAAGAAAGAACCCAAGCUCAAGACGCGGGACGAGCUCAGUUGUAGAGAGCUAAUUUGCUCUGUUUUGUAUUUAUGUUGAUUUACUAAAUUGGGUUCAUUUUAUUUUUCAAUAUCCCAAUAAAUCCAUGUAUAUUAUCACUAUAUUUAAUAAUCACAGUCUAGAGAUGUUCAUGGUAAAAGUACUGCCUUUGCACAGGAGCCUGUUUCUAAAGAAACCCAUGCUGUGAAAUAGAGACUUUUCUACUGAUCAUCGUAACUCUGUGUCUGAAGAGUGAUACACCAACCACAUCUGAAGUCAACAAGAUCCAAGUUUAAAAUUGCCUGCGGAAUGUGUGCAGUAUCUAGAAAAAUGAACCGUAGUUUUUGUUUUUAUAAAUACAGAAGUCAUGUUGUUUCUGCACUUUAUGAUAAAGCAUGGAAGAAAUUAAUCUUAGUAGGCAAUUGAACACUUUUUGAAAGUAACCCAUUUCAGAUUUGAUAUACUGCAAUAAUGGUUGUCUUUAAAAAAAAAAAGGAAAUGUACUGUUAAGGUAUUACUUUUUUUCAUGCUGAUUCAUAUCUAAAUUACAUUAUUAUGUUAGCUGACAGUGGUACUGAUUUUUUAGGUUGGUUGUUAUGUGGAUUUCUUUAGUAGUGAUAGUAGCCUGAACCACAUUUUAGAUAACCCAAUUAUGUAUGUAUGUGCAUACACAUAUACAAACACACUAAUGGUAGAAUGCUUUUUUAUGUGCUAGACUAUUAUAUUUAGUAGCAUGUCAUUGUAACUAGCCAAUAUCACAGCUUUUGAAAACUUAAAAAUCACAAUAUAUUAAUAUUUCAUAUUUGCCAAUAGAAACAUGGCAGAUAGGUAUCAAUACGUUUUCAAUGCCUGAUGACCUAUAAGAAGAAAGUAUUGGGGGAAAAAAGAGAUUGGAAGUGUCACAAGGAGUUGAAAUUUUCCAAAAGACAUAGUAUUUAGUUUAUAAUUAAAUGCAAUCUUGAAGUCCAGUGUGAAUUUUAUUAAUGCUGUCAUCUCAAUCAAGCUCAAAGCCUGCUUAUUCCAAACAAAGAAGUUCACAAUAUGUCAUAAGAUCUUGUCUCUAAAUGUCACUAACAAGAAAGUUAGUGACAAUAUUGUACAGAUUGCAAUUCCAUGUGUAAGUCUAAACAAGGACAAAUAACUUUGGCUAAAUGUCUGGAAGCAGAGAAGUAAAGUGAGCAAAACCCAGUGUUUGGGGUCAUGACAGUACUUUCAUCUUUAUAUACUCUGAAACUUUUUAAAUUAAACUUUUCUACCUUUAUUUGUCAUCGGCACUUGUCAUAAGUUGACAAAGUGGUGAAAUUUCAAAGUUAUAUGUAACUUCUACUAGUUUUACUUUUUUCUCUAAGUCUUUUUUUUUUUUUUUUUUGAGACAGAGUUUCGCUCUUGUUACCCAGGCUGGAGUGCAAUGGCGCGAUCUCGGCUCACUGCAACCUCUGCCUCCUGGGUUCAGGCAAUUCUCCUGCCUCAGCCUCCUGAGUAGCUGGGAUUACAGGCACGUGCCACCAUGCCCAGCUAAUUUUUUAUAUUUUUAGUAGAGACGGGGUUUCACCAUGCUGACCAGGAUGGUCUUGAUCUGUUGACCUCGUGAUCCACCCGCCUCGGCCUCCCAAAGUGCUGGGAUUACAGGCGUGAGCCACCACACCCGGCCCUCUCCAAGUCUUUUUUAACUCAUGAUUUUUAUACACACAAUCCAGAUCUUAUUACAGCCUCUAAGUCUUCAUUCUUCACAGUAGAUAAUAAACGAGUCCUCCAGUGUCCUGGCAAAAUGUUCUGGUAUUGCUGGAUACAUCCAGUGGAGUUAUAUAAACUCAUACCUCAGUGGACUUAACCAAAAUUGUGUGUCUCAAUUCCUAACACACUGCGGGAGCCUCUCCAAUAACUAUUUUCUUAUCUACAAUAUUCCUCCAGAAGUGCUAACUAGGGCAGGGCUGGCAUGAGAAGUGACCCCUGCAUUCCAAAGUCUAUUUUCCUCAUAAGUCUGUAAAGAACAGUUGAAUCUCCUAGCUUUAGCAAACCUGGGCCAAAGGAAGGAAAUCCACGAAGAAUGCACAAGUCAAACACUCAUGACAGAGUAGGCACAAGUCUACGAGAAGCUAAAUUAGAAUUUACAAACAGAAGUGCCCCGGUAGCACUGACUCCCAUCGUUGGAGUGAAAUGGACAAAGUUUCAAUUAAGGCCUAUGGUGAGGUCACAUUGCUUUGUUGUAUUUUUGAACAAGAGCUUCUCCUGAUCACUAUUAUAUAUUUUUCUAGAAAAUCUUAAGUUCAGAAGAGAAUGUAUCAUUCCUGACUUUUAUUCCAAUAUUUGGAUGGAGUAAGUUUUAGGGUAGAAUUUUGUUCAGUUUGGAUUUAAUCUUUUGAAAAGUAAAUUCCUUGUUUACUGGUUUGACUAUAAUUCUCUGUUAUCUUUAAGAGGUAAAACUGCAAGCUGACUAGCAUGUUCUGUGAAUCUGCCAUUCCUAAAAAUUUUAUAAACACUUGAUAUUUUUCACUGAUAAUUGAUCGCUGCAAUAAAAGUAUAUUGUGAAAAUGCAUCCACAAUAAAUGGAGUUCUUUCAAAA